CUCCAAGCCUAAAAUAUCGCUUCAGUACGGCUGGUUUUCGAAAUUCUCUCUCUCUGCAAAAGGACUGGAUUCUUGAGCUUUGGUCCUUCGUCCUCUUUCGUCUUCUCUCCAAAGUAAAACUGAAGGAAAGCCAUUUACAAGUUACAAUCAUCCAUGGCUGAUUUUGGCAUGGAGAAAGUGAUUCAGACGCCUCUCAACAACAAACUUUCCAUCCAAUCAGAGAACUGUACUUCCGCUGACGGAACUCCACCACCUCAUCCUGCCUCGUUGAGAGAUCAGAGAUCUCAAAAUUCUGGCAACGGAACGCACAAGGUCACGCCGGAUCCCCUUAAAGUCCCCGAGGCAUUCAAGCACCAAGAAAGGUAUAAGAGCCCGACCGACUUUAUGAUGUCCCCUGUUUCCAAGGGCCUCUUAGCCAGAAGCAGGAAGACAGGGUCACACUUACCACCAGCUGAAAAUCCACCCAAGCUUCAGAAUCCCCGUUUUCAGGAUUCUGGUCACCCUCAAGUGUGAGUAUUGGCAUUGUCGAUUAGCAGAAUCAGAUGGAUUCGUGGUCUCUAUGAAUUUGUCUGAAUAAAUUGUUUUUUUUUUUUUGGGUAAUUAAUCUGCCAGCCCAUGAAAUUGUGUAGAUGUUCUAGUUUAAGAAGCAUGUAUUCCGAGUAAUGUAGUUGAGAAGCUUGCCUUUUCUUUUCUUCUACAUGGGCAUAUUCCCUGUAAUUUUGAAUCAAUAAGACAAUGGUUCAACUGAGAA